CCACAGCGAGCCCGACCUCCGCACUCGCCUCCGCCACUGCUACCUUCACCGUAACGACAUGAAGCCGCGACAGCUUCUGAGCACGUAUUGAUUGACAUCCGAAUCUGACCAAUCGCCAAGCUCUCCCGGCGGAGGGAGGGCGCCUAUUAGCCCACGGCCCAGCGGAGGGCGGGAGAUCAGCCGGAUGCGUGCGGCAGAGUGACGCCACUGCGGUGCCAUCAUGGAGUGGGGCGGAAGUUGUCCUGCGCAGCGCAGCGCAGCGCAGCCGAGGGAGCUGUUACACCUGGCAACGGGCCGCGGGGCGCCCUGCGGCUGCGCCGUGACUCGUGGGGCGAGCGGGCCGCUGUCUGUUGCUGUGGGAUGAGCUGUCUGCUGCCCUGCACUGUGCUCGCACUCAUGGGACUGCUCUUUGCCCGGACCAUGGCCUGGACCUCCAGUGGGAAGACUCACCCAGAGCUGGUCAACAACCUCUACAAAAAAGGAAUAAUUAAAUCCCAGCGAGUCUUUGAUGUGCUGUUGGCUACUGACAGAGGUCACUACAUCAAGUACUUCCCAUACAUGGAUUCUCCUCAGUCCAUCGGAUACAAGGCUACAAUCAGUGCACCACACAUGCAUGCCCACGCACUGGAAUUGCUGAAGGAUCAGCUUGUGGAGGGUGCAAAAGCUCUGGAUGUUGGAUCUGGAAGCGGAUAUCUCACAGCUUGCUUCGCCAGGAUGAUGGGCCCCACAGGGAAAGCUGUGGGCGUUGAGCACAUCAAAGAGCUGGUCCAUGAAUCCAUCAGAAAUGUCCAGGAAGAUGAUCCAACUCUGCUGAGCUCUGGCCGUGUGAAGCUUGUGGUGGGAGAUGGCAGGCAGGGGUACCCUGAAGAGGCUCCUUAUGAUGCCAUUCAUGUUGGAGCAGCAGCAGCAAUAGUUCCUAAGGAGCUGCUGAAUGAAUUGAAGCCAGGAGGUCGGCUGAUACUGCCUGUUGGUCCUGAAGGUGCAAACCAAGUGCUGAUGCAGUAUGACAAAACCAGCGAUGGGCAGAUCAUCGAGACACAGCUGAUGGGUGUCAUCUAUGUGCCCCUGACAGACAAGGAAAAGCAGUGGCCUCGGGAUGAAUUCUGAAGGAUGGAUUAUCUCUAAUGUGACCUCAGAAAGCUGAUGAAUGGGACUUAAGACUGUUCAUGGUCUGUAUGGUUUUGCUUUUUGAACAGCAGCUUUAUCAGCAGAGGUGAUCCUGAAGGCAAGUUCUGAUUUAGCAGAACUCCUUACGGAGGGAUGGAGGAAGGGUGUUGGUCCAGCAGCAGGAGCAGGGCAAGGCUUUUGAGGCCAUGUGGGUGGUUCCAAGUAACUCCAGUUGUCGUCUCAGAGCUGCAGGUAACAUCUAUUUACAGAGAAUUCCAAAAGCAGACAGGAAUACUUAAAACUCCACUAAACCCACUCUUUAAUAUUGACUGCUCUGCCUAAUGCUUCGAGAAAACAGAUGCAAUUACUGCUUCAGAGCAGGGAUCACCCCUCCUUUGUCAAAGUUAAUUACGAGUGCGUGUUCUCCUGUCUCGCAACGACUAACUCUGCGUUUGAGAGUUGGGGGGGUUCAGAAAAGUGCCGCUCUCCGCUUUUCCUCCUCCCCCUUGGCCACACGGCCGGCUGCGGUGGGUGUGCCGGGGAUUCAAGGGACUCUUCUGCGACGGUUCUAGGGGAGCACUGUCCCGUCGUGCCGCUAAAUAAAAUCGUUUCCCCUCCGU